GAAACAGAUGAAGAGCUUUAAAAAGUAAUGGUAACGCCAGUAACGUGAAGACUAAAUGAAACGUCAACCUCCCUGAUUUUAACUCUGGAACAGACAGAUGUUUAUUUACAAUCGUGUUCAACACAUGUGGAUGACGAGACCGCCGAAAUUAUUGUUUUAUUCUCUGAUAAUCAACUGAAUAUUCUCUUAAAAGUUGUCUAAAUUGUUCAUCAACUACAAAGAUUACGAGAAUUUGUGGAUUAUAGUUAAGGAUUCGCACCAAACCAUGUCGGAUAAAAUUAAAGUUGGAGAUUACGUCGUGGUGAAACGUCAAAAGUACACCAAGCUACAGAAGUUCACCAAUGUGGACACGGUUGUCCACCUGGGCAAAGAUCAAAUCGAACUUCGUCAUGCAGAAAACCAACCGUAUCACACAACAUUCCAGCUGAUACCCAAGGAGGGCCGUAAUAAACGUCUAUUCACGCUGGACCCGGUGCAAACCGUUUCCGAAAUACGCAAUCUGAAGAAACUGCUGAUCAAAGAAAGUGGCAUGGACAACCGCAACAUAGUGGAUGAUCGUAGCACUCAAGGGCUUUCGGCGGAGGAAAUUCUCAAGCUGCGGGAAGAGUGUGAAUCGUCAUCGGAGGUAAUUGGAAAGUUGGUGGAAAAUUCCAAGAGUUUCGCCGCCAAAACCGAGUACUCCCAGGAGAAGUAUUUGAAACGAAAGGAGAAAAAGUAUUUCGAGUAUGUCGAAAUUCGGCGACCAUCCAUCAGAUUGAUUGCAGACGUCUACUGGAGAUUGGAUGCGGAUAAAGUGAUGGGUGUCCGUUUUGAUACGCUAUCGCAAAUUAUUUCCUACAGUGGCGUUUGUGGGAUUGGUCGCUUCUUGCUGUACGAGUCGGGAACGAAUGGAUUACUGCCAGCUGCUUUCAUCAACUCGAUUGGAGCUAACACCGAGGCCAAGUUGGUCCAUAUGCAUCCGGGUAAUGUAGCCCAGAAGCAAGCCAUUCAAGCAAUGAAUUUCAAGCCGGAACAAUUGGAAAGAUGCAUUUCGGUUAAUUUAUACUCUGUAUUGAGACAUUUUUACCAGGAAGGCAAGAAAAAAGAUGUUGAACCAUGCGCAAAAACUGAUGCAGAGCCAACGGUCGAGGAAGAAGUGCUAAAUAACGACAAUGCCGUUCAGCAGGAAAACGGCAGUCAAAAACGCAAAACUGAUUCGGAGGAUGGUGGUCCAGAAGCCAAACAGCCGAAGCUAGACGAAGAGAAAGCAACAGCAAAGAAGCAGCCAUGGGAGCUCGAGAAUGCAGCAGCAGUGGAACUGAUGAAGGAAAAAUUCGACGCAUUGGUUAUCAUUGCCAAGGAGCAUCCGUACAACAUCAUAAAGGCACUGUUACCGUUUGUUAAGCCUAGCCGUCCCGUAGUGGUUUUCAACACAACCAAGGAAAUUUUGCUCGAGUGCUACAUGGAUUUGAAAUCGAGCGCAAAUGUAACCUAUUUGCGAAUCACGUCCAACUGGAUGCGAAAUCUGCAAAUUUUGCCCAACCGUACUCAUCCGGAUGUGGUCAUGUCGGGUAACAGUGGGUACCUUCUGACAGGGUAUACUAUUCGAUAAGAUGCAUAAUACUAAAACCGUCAUUAUUAGUAUUUUUGACAAAUAAAAUAUUUUCUGUA